GUUCGGCCGCCGAGGUGCCGUCCCACCGCCCAGCCCGCUCCAUGGUGGACCCGGAGGAGCUGCGGCUUUCCCCGCAGCCGCCGCCCUCCUCUCCCUCGUCUUCAGACGCGUCUUCAGCAUCUUCCCCCGGCACCCCGGGGGGUUUGGGCCGUCCGGUUCCGAACAGGAACAGCGGCCGGCCGGUGGACCCGCUGGAGGAGGUGGAGCUGCAGAUCGGAGACGCAGCAUUUUCAUUAACCAAACUUCUUGAAGCUGCAUCUGCAGUAUCAGCUCAAGUGGAAGAGCUUGCCUUCAAAUGUACAGAAAAUGCACGUUUCCUUAAAACAUGGCGGGACCUCUUGAAAGAAGGCUAUGAUUCCUUGAAGCCUGACAACUGAUUUGACUGUAAUAAUCCAUACCACCUCAUUUAUGAUGUUUGCACAUGUGCCGUGUGGAUAGGAUAAUCACCAGCAGUUCUGUAUACAGAAGAUGAAAUUUUUCUUGGUUUUCUUCAUUUUGUGAAAACAGAAUAUGAUGUUAUUUUUGAUGUUGGCCCGUUUAUCUUUAAACACUUUCUGUUCUCUAAACUUUCAAAGACUCUUCUAUGAAAGUUAAUUUAAUCAGUAGAUAAUAUUAAUAAUGCCACAGUGCUACCAGUAGCAAACUAGGUGGACCAUUAUUCUCUUCAGUUUGCAAGAAGAUACCAAAAAUGGCAGAGUUUGAAGUCGAGCUUUAUUAUAUGGACCAAUGUUAGAUUCAGCUCCAUUAGGCUAAGUUCCCUAGAACCAACGACUGUGUCUUGUUACUUCUGUAUUUCCAGCAGCUAGAAGUCUGU